AUGUCAAGAACACUUGUUUAUCGAACUAAUAAAGAAUUUGAUAAAUGUGCCGAACUCUUACGUAAUAUUCUUAGUGUUCAAGAACUACGUCGAACUUCGAAAUCAUCACUUAUCGGUGAAAUAAAUCGAAAAAAUCAACAACAACAACAACAAUCUCAAACAAACAUACGACUAAAAAAACAAAAUAUUAAACCAACUAUUACAAAAGCAUCUUUUAUUAAAACAACUAUAAAUAGUGGCACUGACAUUGGAGAACGUCGAUCAUCAUAUUCUCCUACUAAAUCUUUAUUAUCAUCCACAGCAGCUACUGAGGAUCAGUCAUUAUUAAAAAAUCGUCCUAGUCCAACUAAAUCUCGUAAGCAUCAAACACAUUCUCCAUCUUCAACACAAAUUGUUCAUCAACGUAUUACAUCUCCAACAAAAAAUUCUCCAUUAAUAAAUAAUAAAUUUCGACAAAAAUCUCCAUUAUCACCAAAUCGACGUCGUCGUCGUAUUCAAAAUCCAAAAGAAUUCAUACGAAGUUCAUCGUGUGGAGAUUUACCAUCAACUAAUUUUAUGCAUAAACAACAAACACGUUCUAUUAUUGAUCAAUUUGUAACUCAUGUAACACGUAUUCGAAAUAUUUCAAAACAAAUUCGAACAAAAAAUACGAAUACUGUUAAUGAUCCAGAAUAUUAUCAUUUAUGGAAUGAACUUGAAAAUUCACUUUCAUCAGCACUUGCCUAUGCUAAUGAUGAUAUUCAAUUUCAAUUAUCAUUAGAACCUUUGCGAAAUGAAAUUUUUGAACUUCGAAAACAAUUACAAAUAACUAAUGUUCAUUUACAUGAAUUUGAUACUCGUCGUAAUGAUGAACCAUAUGUUCAUAUGAUAAGAAAAAAUGAUACAAAUCAAAUACAAUAUUCUCAAUUAUUAUUACAAAAUCAAGAAUUAAAAAUAAAAUGUGAUGUAUUACAAGAAAAACUUGAUAAUUUAGAACGAACUAAAGUUCGUCUAAUACAACGAUGGACUCAGCAAGAUCUUCGUUCACUUGCUGAACGUACUGGAUGGAUUUCAACAGAUAAUCGUUUUCUUCUUCGUGAAGAAAUUUUAUUAUUAAAACAAAAAUUAUAUCAUAUUUAUGAUGAUCUUGCAACAUUAUUUAAUCGAAAUUAUUCACUUGAACUAUCUUGUGGAGAACAAAAGCAACAACUAUUAUUAUAUAAACAACAAUUCAAUGACUUGAAACAAUCAGCUCAACAUCUUUUACAUGAUAUUGAUAAAAGAUCAAUGGAAGAUAAAAUUAAACGAUUUUUAAAUCAUAUUAUUCUUGAUCAGCAAUAUUCCGGCAUACCGUCAAGUACAUACCAUCAAACACAUAUAACUCCAACAAAAACUGUUCCAUCAGGUAGUAAUUCAUCUUCAUUUUUCUUCGAAACUCCUCAUAAAGCAGCAGCACCUCCACCACCAGCUACAACUCAAACACGUGCAACACCAAUUACUGUAACAAAUAAAUUACGACCAAAAUCUCUUUUUGUUACACCUACUGUAUUGAAUGAUGCAACAGCUCUUUCAAAAUUACAACAAAAUCGAAGUCCAACAUUUGAUAUAACAACACAUACACCUUGUUCAUCAUCAACGAUUUAUGAUGCUGAAUCAAUAUUAACAUCAUCUUCAUCAUCUACAUCACUUAUUCAUCAACAACGAAAACGAAUGACUUUAUAUAAUAGUUUACCAACGUUGAAUGUACCUCAAACAAAUGAUAUGACAACAACAACAGCAGCACGUAAUCAACAAUGUUUUAAUAAUAAUAAUAAUGAAAGUGGUCCUGAACUUGAUCAAAUAUCAGAUUUAACAUCGAAAAUGUUUAGUUCAGAAGAAGAAGAAGAUGAAGAUGUUGGACUUGGUGUUAGUGGAACUUCAACUUCUUCAUUAUCAACUAUACCCUCUGAUGCGGAACGACUCAUGCAAAUGUAA